AUGGGGUGUACUCAUAGAAAGCUAAUGUUUGGUUCCUGGAAGGCCACUCUGGUCAGCCUUGACCAGCAGCAAGUAUCUGCAGUGGGAAAACAACUACAAAGACCCGGGGCUUUGGGCGCCGUGCAGGCCGGUCGCGCCCGCCUGCUGUCUGCUUGCUGUGCGCGGCUCGGCACUGGGUGGAGACUGUCCGGCUCGUGGGCGGGAAGGCAGGUGGGCCCUGCGGCCUGGACCUGGGGUCCUGCCCAAAGGAGGGGAUACAGUUCUGAGGCAAAGACUGAGGACGAACUGCGGGUGCGGCACCUGGAGGAGGAGAACCGAGGUGCUGAUCUUAAGGAAAGAGCCAAAAUGCAUUCCAGUGAAGUUGGUCCUUUUGUCUCCAAAAUAAGAGCAGUGAUUAAUGAUAUAGCUAAUCUUCCAGUGCCAACAAUCGCGGCAAUAGAUGGACUUGCACUAGGUGGUGGUCUUGAAUUGGCUCUAGCCUGUGAUAUACGAGUAGCAGCUUCCUCUGCAAAAAUGGGCCUGGUUGAAACAAAGUUGGCAAUUAUUCCUGGUGGAGGGGGAACUCAGCGAUUACCGCGUGCCAUCGGGAUGUCCCUGGCCAAGGAACUCAUCUUCUCUGCACGAGUGCUUGAUGGCCAAGAAGCCAAAGCAGUGGGCUUGAUCAGCCACGUUCUGGAGCAGAACCAGGAGGGGGAUGCUGCCUACAGAAAGGCCCUGGACCUGGCAAGGGAGUUUCUACCUCAGGGACCUGUUGCAAUGAGAGUGGCAAAACUAGCAAUUAAUCAAGGAAUGGAGGUUGACUUAGUAACAGGAUUAGCCAUAGAAGAAGCAUGUUAUGCUCAGACCAUUCCAACAAAAGACAGACUUGAAGGUCUUGCUUUUAAAGAGAAAAGGCCCCCUCGCUAUAAAGGAGAGUAGAAGAAACAGAAGUUCUAACGAUGCCAGUGUAAUAAAGGUACUUCUGAAAGUGUCUUUCAGAUCCACUCUGAUGCCUCAGCACACGGAAUCUCAAUGACCAAAGUGAAGAGCGAGUUCCUCCGUGUAGUAUGUCGAGCAUCUGGAAUGAACCAGAACAUGUGUACUUCAUGCCAAUGUGUAUCAUGUUACAUUCAUUCAUAUUUAUAAAGCAAGUAGCAUAUAUUGUCAAAAAACAGAUUAAAAAUUAGGUAUAUGUUUU